GGGUGAUCUGGUUUAUUUGGUGUCUGGACGAGACUGCAGAUGUGUUGAUGGUUUAGGAUCAGUAUUAGUAUUGGGCAGAUCGUUUUAGGUGUAUUUUGAACGGGAUGAUGAAUUCUCUGUUCAGGUUCUUGCUCUCCGCGGUGCUUGUGUUUCAGGCGGUUUCUUCUGAAUCAGGGUGUGAGGGGUCAAAAUGUGAGAAAGUCGGAGUGUCUGGAAAACCAAAUCAACACUCGGAGUUCUUGAAUAAGUUUAACGAAAUGAACACGGAAACGACGCAACGACACCGCAACGCGGAGGCCGUGUUACCCUUCAUUGGACUAACCGGAGUUGCUACACAAAGCCGUACCUGCUGUAAGAACGGAGGAACGUGCAUAUUAGGAAGCUUUUGUGCAUGCCCGAAAUAUUUCACUGGUCGGAGUUGUGAAUAUGAUGAACGUGUCAGGGAUUGUGGUGUCAUUCCACACGGAGAGUGGGUACAGAAAGGUUGUUCGUAUUGCAGAUGUGGAUAUGGACUUCUGCAUUGCUUCCCGCAUGUUUUCAGCAACAACUGUGACGACUCCCAAGAAGUCCGAUGGUAUCGCUCAAUCAGCGUCAGAAUGUGGGCGUCUGCGUUUGUCACGUUUGUGGCCUUGACUUUAACCGUUCUACUGUAAAACCGAGACCAACUAUGAACUUUUAAGAUGUUUUGUGCAAUUUUCUUUUUUCAACGUUAUGGGCAGCAUUUAUUGGUGGCACUGAAAUGCAAUUUGCUUCCAGUGGAAGUGCAACUAGCUGUGUUUAAAGCAACUGUUUAGUGAAGGAAUCUGUAUAUAGAUUUAAAUUGAAAAUAUAUUGUGUGUUUGUCAGUGCGCGGCUAUACAUGAUGAUUUCUGUCUUUUUCUAUGCCUCUGUAUGAAGUUGUUUUACCAGAGAGGACGCUAGCUAACAUUUUAAACCAUUUUUUUAAUCUGUACUUGCAAAAUACCUGUUUUAUAUCAACAAUGACUGUGAAUUCUCACUGUUAAAUUGGACUUUUCCUCAUUUGUACUCUAAACUUUCAUUUGCUGUUGUUUUCGAUAGAGAGAGUGAAUGAGAUAAUGCUCAGAUAGCCUGUGAUUGUUGACCUUUCGGCUAUUUUCUCUUAUCUUAUAUAAACAAGUAGUCGGGCCAAUCAAUCACACCCGCUGCAAUGGUUAUCUUGACCUUCUAGAGUCGGGCAGAGAUGUACUGUAACUGUGUAUGAUUGAGCAAAGGAACUUGUCUCAUCCAAUUAAAACUUGCAUCAAU